AUGUUGAGGGCUUGUGUUCUAGACCAGCCGGCGAGCUGUGAUCGAUAUAUGCUGCUAGUGGAGUUUGCGUACAAUAAUAGCUACCAUGCGAGCAUCGAAAUGGUUCUGUGUGAGGCUCUGUAUAGGAGGAAAUGUCAAUCUCCGCUAUGCUGGUAUGAAGCUAGGGAGAAAGGCUUGUUGGGGCCAGAGAUGAUAGCUGAGACCACUGAACAAGUCAAGAAAAUCCGAGAUAAGAUGCUUACUGCGCAGAGUCGUCAGAAGAGUUACGGCGAUCAGAGGUGGAGGCCAUUGGAAUUUGAGGAAGGAGACCAUAUUUUCCUUAAGGUUACUCUAACGACAGGAAUAGGUAGGGCAAUUAAAGCGAAGAAGCUGAAUCCUCGACACAUUGGUCUGUUUCAGAACUUGGAGAGGGCUGGACCGGUGGCGUAUCGAAUGGCUCUACCACCCCACCUUUCGAACCUACACUACGUAUUUCACAGGCCGCAGCUUCGGAAGUUUACUCCUAAUGCUAGCCAUGUGUUAGAACCUGAAUCUGUUCAGUUAAAAGAACAUCUGACGCUUCCAGUGACUCUGGUCAGAAUUGACGAUACUAGUAAUGUGUAUGUGAAUAUUGAAACUUGA